AUGAAGCUUGUAUUCCUUAUUCUGAGCGCCUACACUGUGCCUACACUUUGUGGAGUUAAGCCUUUAGAUGAACACUUCAAUUUCAAGGCAACAGACAAACCGCUGAGCCCUCAAACCAGCGUGGACAGUGAGGAUCCAGCCUUGGAAAGUAUUCAAAUGCAAUUCCAUAAAGAUAACACCUUAACACAAGAUCUCCUUCCAGAAGGAGAGGAAGACGACGAAUACCUGGAUUUUGAUGCUCUGUUGGGGGAGGAUGAUGAUUAUAUUGACGCAAUUGAUGAGAUAGAUGUGCCAGAAAUAGUCACAGACUUUGAACUCUCAGAUCCAGCGACCAAAAAAGCCAAGCUACUUAAGCUAUUCCGCGGCAAAACCAGGAUUCAACGCUUGAAUACAGUGAAUGCAAACUUUGCUUUUGAUCUAUACAGAAGCAUCAGAAAUGCUGUUGACCAGUCUGAUAACAUACUGCUAGCUCCUGCUGGCAUUUCAAUAACCCUGGGCAUGGUCUCUUUAGGUGCAAGACACGAAACCCAUCGACAGUUAUUCAAUGCACUUGGUUUUGCAGAUUUUGUAAACGCAAGUGUAAAAUACGACACAAUGACAGUUCACAACCUCUUCCGUAGGUUAACCCAUCGCCUCUUUCGACAUAACUUUGGUUACACUCUCCGGGCUGUUAAUAACCUGUUUAUACGUCAGGAUGCACAGAUUCUGAGCAACUUCACACAAAAUAUGAAAACCUAUUACUUCGUCGAGCCUCAGUCAGCCAAUUUUUCUGACUCUACGUUGAUCAAUAAAUUAAAUGGUCACAUUUUGAAGAUCACCAAAGGAUUGAUUAAGGAAGCCGUAAAAACGAUAGAUCCGCAGACUCUAAUCAUGAUUCUGAACUGCUUCUACUUGAAAGGAACUUGGGAAACUAAAUUUCCAGUUGAGAAUACGUACACAGGUUCAUUCCGGCUGAAUGAAAAGAAAGUGGUUCGAGUCCCUCUGAUGCAUACAAAAGGAAACUUCUUGGCAGCUGCAGAUCACAAACUGGACUGUGACAUUCUGCAGCUGCUCUAUGUGGGAAACAUCAGCAUGCUGGUCGUGUUACCCCGUAAAUUCUCAGGCAUGAGGAUCGUCGAAACACAGCUGACAUCCGAAGUGGUGGGGAAUUGGUUAGACAGCAUGACUAACAGAACACGAAAGGUGGUGCUUCCCAGAUUCAAUCUGGUGAAAUACUAUGACCUGGUGCCAUACCUGAAGACUUUGGGAUUGACAUUACCUUUUCAAGCAGUUGCCAAUUUUACUGGAAUAUCAACCAAGGAGAAUCUGGUCAUUAACCUGUUCAAACACCAAGGAGCAUUAAAAGUGAAUGAAGAAGGAACAACAGCAGCAUCCGUGACCACCGUUGGCUUUAUGCCCCUUUCCAUGCAGAAUGAAUUUUCCGUCAACAGACCCUUCUUAUUUCUCAUAUACGAGCACCGCACUGAAUGUCUGCUGUACAUGGGGCGGGUGACAAACCCACUGAAUGACUAA